AUGAGCGACUCGGACGACGACGCAGCCAUCGCACGUCUCGAGGCCGAACUCGCGCAGAAGAAGGAGCGCAAGCGGGCGAGGGAGGACGAGCAGCGCAGGAGGGAGGCGUUGGUGCCGAAACAGCUCGUGCCAGACAGCCCGUCGCCCAGGAAGAAGAAACGACCCUCGACGGAUCCCUCCCUCUCGACUUCCGCUUCCACUUCGCGACCCCCUCCCCCUCCGCGCUUCUUCGAGAAACCCGCGCUCGAACGCACUUGCAAUCCGAGCGACAAAGUCGAGAUGCGCACGUCGAGCGGCGGGACGAAGGAGAGCAAGUUCGUGGAUCACAUGUCAGCUGUUCCGAAAGGUUUUGCAGAAAGCAUGUCGAAAUCUAUCUCCGCCGCGCGCACUCAGCAAUCCAAAAAGCGCCAAGUCGAAGAACGGCGUCGACAGUCAUCCACUUCUCUCGCCUCAUCCUCGUCCGCGUCGCUCGUCAAACUUGAUCAGCUUGGGAAGGAGGCGCAGGAGGUGCUGAUGAGCGGGAAGAAGGGGGACGGGGCGAGAUUGAGGCCGAGAAGGGAGAAGGAGAAGGAGAAGAAGGGGACCGGCGCGAGGGAAAAGGAGAACGCGUUGCUUGCUUCCGCCUCCGCCUCGGCAGCGACGUCCUCCUCCGUCAAAGCCUCAACCUCCGCGCCAGCCAUCUCCCGUGCCAUGCCCUCGACCUUUCCCAAAUCAUCCACCUCUUCCUCCACCACCGCGAAAACGAAACGCUCGACCGACGACGACGACCUCGAGAUCACCGACGGACCGUCCCGCCGUACGCGCAACAAAGACGGUACGGUCGUGAACGAAGUCGAGAUUGGACCUUGGGAGUUUCCCGUGAGGAGUGAGGAUCCGGAGUGGGAAAAGGUCGAGCCUUAUAGCGGGAUUCGGUUGAAGGAACGCCUGAUCCCCCACUCUGAGAUCCAAGACCUCCUAACAGGCCGCUACCCCCUCCUCCCGUCCUCGUUGUACGCCCUCUCGCGCGUCGAUUCGCGCAACAGGAUCGACCUCGACCCGGAGAUUGUGGAUGCGGAUUAUGUCGUCUUUGGGGUGUUGGCUUGGAAGGAUGAGGUGAGGUUUUUGAAUGGCGGGAUGGGGAGGGGCGGAGGGGGGAGGGAGGGGAAGAAGGAGGGCGAGGAGGGGGAGAGUGAGGGUGAGAGUGACGAGGAGGAGGGUGAGGCGGAUGGGAAGGCGAAGAAGAAGGCCGGUUCGAAUUCGUCCUCGACUUCGCAAGACCCUCUCUUCCGCCCCCCCACCCGCCGAUCCCGCCGCCUCCGCUACAUCCGCUUCGACCUAAUCGACCUCUCCACUCCCCGUGCCUCCGCCUCCGCAACCGGCCAGUUGUCUCUCAUGCUCGUCCAAGCCGAUUCGGUCGACAAGGCCGUCGACGAAGAAGGGAACGAGACGGAGGUGUACAAGGGACAGAGCGGCGGAGCGUACGAGAGGUAUUGGAAGGAGAGCCCGGGAGCGGUGGUGGCUAUUGUGAACCCGAUCUUUUUGCCGCAUAACAAGGCCUACUCGUAUACCAUCAAGCCCACCUCGGCAGACUCGGUGCACGUCAUCGGACGCGCAGAGAACCUCACCUUCUGCGAGGCGAUCAAGAAGGACGGCAGGCAGUGCGGGAAGUGGGUCGAUGCGCGGACGGGCAAGUUUUGCCAGUUCCAUGUCGAGUUGGCGAUCAAGAGGACGGGCGUCAGGAGGUCCGAGACGAACGCCAACACCGCAUCGCUCGCUCAGAAAGGGACCUUCAACCAUUCGCACUUCAAGAAAUCGCUCGGCUCGUCUUCCUCCUCCACGCUCGACUCUGCCCCCGCCGCUCAGCCACUCGCGAAGUUCGUAGCUGGCUCAACAACCUACGUGACAACCGGCACGCGCUCUUCGACCCUCACCGUCCCGCGCGGCGGCUUGCUCUCCUCCUCCACCUCCUCCUCUCGCGCGGGAGGGUUCAUCCCUAACCUCCGUGAGGGCCCGUCGGUGAUGGAGGAGAAGAAGCGGUUGAAGAAGGUUGUGGAGGACGAGAAGAGGGCUAGGGAGGAGAUGAGGCAGUUGAAGAGGUUGGAUAAGGGACGGACGGCGGGUGGGGAGUAUUUGAUCCGCAGCUCGAAGCGAGUUAAGGCUGAGGGAGCGAAGGAGGGGAAGGGGGAGAAGAAGCGCAGGAGGACGGACGAAGAAGACGAGUCGCCUUCGAGAAACAGCCGGUCGACGUCGGACUCGUCGGAUGAGGAAGACGAGGACAUCAAACCCAACCUUUCGUCCGUCUUCAAAGCCGACGCGCUGCGCAAGAUCGGCUUCAACCCGACUGCGAAGCCGGGCGACUUGCCGAGGGACGAGUCGAGCGAGACGAAGCGGUACCGCCUCGCGCUCGAGUCGGGACUCGCGGAUCGCGAGAUCAAGCUUUCCGCGCCGAAGCAGCCGCCCAAACCCAAGGUCAAGGCCCGCGCCGAGAAGGCCGCUGAAACUUCCGCGACGAACACGGAGGACGACGCGGACGAGGACGACGACCUCGUCAUCGAAGGCGGGCCAGGAGGGGAGAUGCCAAAGAUCUCGCUCGCCAAGGCUUCCGCAUAG